UGUGGACGAUACUUCUUGGAACCUGAUGCCAAAGUAGCGAUAACGUCCCGCCGGCUGAUCAGAAGAAAUACUUGCGAGUGGAAUUUCAAGACGUUAGAGGAUUACGAUCUGUGUGUUGCUUGUAGGACAACGUUGCAAGGACCUGCAAUUUGUCGGACAUCUCAUCUUGCCAUUUCCGAUGGGAGUAACCGUCGAAUAAAAUUAUGUUCAAGCACGGCGUCAGCUGGGAUGACCAGCAAAACUGGAGAGUUGGUUAUUGGAUCUAAGGUUUCCAGAAGAAAGGCAGCUGCAAGAUUGAAAUACGAAUGCACUGUGGCCGCUGUAAAAUCAACACACACGUCCAUGUUCGCCGUGCCUCCUCCAUCAGAUACAGUGUUACCAGUCUCGCGAUGCAGAUGUGGGCGUACGAACCGUGCCUCGCGUAUCGUGGGAGGGAAUCUAGUACAGCCUAAUGAGUACCCGUGGCAAGUGGCUCUCUUCAGGAACAACGAAACUGCUCGUAUUGCGGGGCUCCAUCAUCUCCGAUACCUGGGUUUCUUACGCUGCUCAUUGCUUGGUCAGAUAGUGCGGCACGAAGGCUUCUCCUUUAGAAAACCUGUACAACAUGAUAUCGGUCUCGUGGAAUUGGACGAACCACUCGAUUUCCCAGAAGACAAUUCCGUGGCCCCAGUAUGUCUUCCUCGGCCACAUCUGAGUCAUCCGAGGACGAACGCCAUGGUUGUCGGAUGGGGAGCCACAGAGAAUUUUGGCGGCCGUUCGAAAAUCUUGAGAUUUGCCAACGUCAAGACGAUGACCAACGAGGCGUGCCAAGUGCUUGUCGGAUUAACGGGCGGCGUCACUCCCAACACGAUUUGUGCUGGCCAUCUUUUCAGCGGUGAGACCGCCUGCUAUGAUCAUGAACGCAAAAAGGAGAUGGGACUGGAAUGA